GGUCGCCCUCCCUCACCAGCAGGUCGACGAGCCCCUCCUGUGCGGCCUCGCUGCUGGGAGGAUGUCAGCUGUUCUGUUCUAUGCAGCCGCCCUGCGCCGUCGCCAUCUCAGCCAGCCUCCUCUUCAGCCUGCCACACACACACACACACACACACACAGAGAGAGAGAGAGAGAGGAUGAGCGAGAGAGAGUGUGGGUGUGGGUGUCGUCUUGUCCAUGUCUGUGUGGCCCAUGAAAAUGUACCUGGUUGACGUCCAGGAGCUCGUGGUGCCGCUGGUCGUCUCUCCGGCCUAGAGAGAACGACUUACGUACGACCCAAAUCACAAUACACAUGUACGACGAUAGAGUGAUACAUACGCAAACAUAGGGCCCCCGUGUGUGUGGUGAUGGCGCGUGGUAUAAGGGGCUCGAUUUGCGCUUGCUGACCACCAGCACGCUGCGCUGGCUGCGGUAUCCGUCUCCGCAGCCAGCUGGCGGCACCACACCACACCACACAGAUGGAUGUCCGCCAUUCCUCGCUUGGCAAUCCAUUUCUUUUUCCAUUUGCUUACCAGCACCAACCUUCUCCAUCAAAAUGCACGGCCCCCUCUCAAACUCAGCCGUCGCCCCUCCCUCGGUAAGUCCCACUAACGCUCUCGGUCGCAGCUCUGGCACGUCAGCCGCAUCUGCUUUGUUCCCGUGGCGAUCCGGCAGCGCCGUCAGCUGCACCUGGGCGUCCUGCAGAUCCGCCCUCUCCUCAGCCCAUUGCUGCAGCUCUCGCAGCCUCUCUGCCUCAAGGACCGGCGAGGCCCUCAACGAGCAGCGCCGCCCUGCCGUAUCCCCGCCCUUCUUUCACGGCUCCCUCGCCAGAUUCUUGCGCACCACCGGCACGGGCACGUAGCCCGGUAAAGUGCCAGGGCACACUCAGCAUAUUCCAACCAGCGGCACCUCGAAAGAGAAAAAGAAACGCAGCUGCUAGCGCUGGUGGGAGAGGGAUGCGAUGGGAAGAAG